UUUGUCGAAAACUGCUGCGAUGAAAAAGGCUUGAUGCGGCGCAAACUGGAGAAUUUUUAAUUAUUUUUUAAUAAUUGCAUCAAGAAUUUUAUCGUCUUAUCCACCUAAGAUAAGGUAAGGGCGUAAGGUAACCCUACUGAAGUUAAGAACAGUGAUUAUUUAUUAUGUUCAUAUAUAUUUCCUCCUAUAUCACAGCCAUGUUGAAGUAGUGUUGAUUUUAAUAAGUUUUCGUCAGUUUAUCGUUAUUAGAAAGUUAAAGUUCACAAGUAUAUGUGACAGACCCAAGUUUCGUUUGUGUUGUGAUUACAAAGUUAAAAGUCUUUACGAAAUGAAAAGUGUUUUAAAGUGCCACCGAUUCUGGCGUCGAGGCGUCAUCUUCAAGGGAUGGACUCUGAAGAUUCACAUGAUGCUACUGGAGAUGCACACUCUUCUUCAAGCAGUAGCAGUUCCAGUUCCAGAAGUCGAAGGAGUUCUUCAUCAGAUCGAAGUGAUGUUUCAAAGAAACAUCCUAAAUCUCCAUCACAAUACUCUGGUCCCCGAAGGUCUAAUGAACCGAGAUCUCCCUCGCAUGAAAGCCAGUCAUAUCAAAGAUCACCAUACUUUAAUAAACAACCGAGUUCCCCAGAUAACUUAAGUGGGGCACAUUCUGAUAUUAAUUCCCCUGAGAAUUCAAUGCCUGCAUCCCCACAAGGUCCUAAAUCACCUGAUGCUCCUAAGUCUCCUAGUGAUAUAGGAUCAAAUAUUGGUUCACCAGAGCAACCAGAACAGUAUUCUUCAGCUCCACCAUCUGGUGGAGAAGGUCCAAAGACACCAAGAUCUCCAAGUAGCUCUGCAAGAUCAGCUCCUGGCUCACAAGGAUCAAGGUCACGUCCUGCCUCUCCUGAUUCCGCAUCACCAAGGAAGAGUCCAGAAAGAGGUUCUCCUACCUCAUCUCCUUCGCCAGAUAGAAACUCUCCUCAUUCAUCCCCUGUGAGAUCAUCAUCAAUAAAAAAAACUGAUUGGAGUCCUAAGGAAAAAUGGAGGAGACAUACUAAAGCAGAACAAAAAAUGGUUUCCAUUCCCCGCCGUCGCAGUAGAUCGGAAUCCAGCCAAUCCAGCAGAAGUUCUUCAUAUAAUAAAAGGACUAAUGUUAAAGACCCAGCAACUGAAGAAAUCUCUGAAGGAGAAAUGGAAUCAGAUCAAGAGGACCAAACUUCGCGCAGUAAGUCUGCGGCAAGUGAAAAAGUUGAUGGAAAAGAUAAUAACAUUAGUCAUGAAGAUCUAUCAGAUGUAUCAGAUUUGGAUUCUGUUGGACCAGAUGAUGCAGAUAAAGAAACAAAGUUGAAAUCAUCACCUGCAUCACCUGAGAGAAAACUUGAUAUCAAUACUAAUGGCAAAAUUGGAACAAGUUCACAAUCAUCACCAAAUUCUGAUAAUGGAAAGAAUGAUACGCCCAAAUUAGAUAAAGUACCGCAAGAAAAAACAAGUAACACUGAAGAUGGUGAAGAACAGUUGGAUUUUGAGGCAGAGGAGGGUGAAUGUAUAGAAUCAAAACCAAAAGAUCAAUCUAAUGGUGAUGUGGAUCAAGCUAAUGAAAAAGGUGUGGAGGAGGCGAAGGCGGGCCGGCGGUCGCGAGGCUCCUCGCUGGAGGAGGGCGAGGUCUCUGACGAGGCGGAGCGCCGCCCCGAGGAGAAUGAGCCCCGCCCCGUCUGCAGGUUCUUCUCGCGCGGCGCCUGCACCUGGGGUGUCAGUUGCAGAUUCCUGCAUCCAGGGGUGACAGACAAAGGCAACUACAACAUGUUUGAUGUGGUCCGUGGAGUCCCCACGGGGGCUCCAUACGCAGCGCCCCCCAGAGAUGUCGCACCACCAGAGUCAGCUUGGGAAAGGGGAUUACGAACUGCUAAAGAGAUGCUGAGGAUAGCGAACAAACGCAAGGAACAAGACAUGGACUUUGAAGAGAAGAAGCUGCACCUGUCUGUGGGCGGCGUGGUGCACGACCCCGACGCAGAGCUCGCGUACGCCGCCGCCGCUGUGGGCGCCUCCCCGCCACACCAGCACGAUGUGCCCGUGCACAGGGACCCUGAAAUGUACAGCCGUGCGUACGGGCCGGUGUACCGCGGCCGCUACCCCCCGCGCCCUGCGGCGGACGAGCGCGAGCGGUACUACGCACGCGAGCGCAUCUAUGACACCGAACGUAUGUACGAACGCCCGCCUCACUACGACGAGCGAGCCGCCACCACUGAAGAACUGCCCUUCCACAAGAGACGUGUGCGUUCGUCGAGAGAAGUAAUAGUACAGCGGGCGGAGGUGGAGCGGCGAGAGGGUCGAGAGGGUCGGGAGGGUCGCGAGGGGCGCGUGCGGGAGAUGCGCGAGGGCCGAGAGGGGAGAGAGGGUAGGGAGGGGCGGGAGGGACGCGGCGACGACUGGGCGGACCCGUGGAUGCGCGCCGAGCCCGCCGCGCGCCGCCGCCGUCCUCCUUCCUCGGAAGACUCCUACAGCACGUCUAGCUGUUCAAUUUCCAGCUCGCGUAGUUCGGGCUCGGCGGGCGCUCGCCGCAAGAGGAGGGCGUCAUCACCCUCUCGACAAAGGCUGUCGCCGUCGGUGAUAGUGCGCGAGCGGCGGCUGGCGAGUGCGCGCGCCACCGCCAUGAACCCGCCGGCGCCGCGACGUCGCGCGCCCUCGCCCGCCGCCGCACGACAGCUCGCCGUCAACCCGCCGCCCCCCGCCUCGCACAGGCACAAGGAGGAGACCGAUCCGUAUGGUCGAAGCAAAGCGUCGAGUCGCGGCAGGAACAGAAAGAAAUAUUCAAGAUCGUCGUCUUCGGGAUCAGAAUCGUCGUCGUCGUCGAGCGAGUCUGAGAGCGAGUCGCGGUCGUCGUCGACGUCGGGCAGUUCUGGCGCGCGCCGAGCUCGACAUGCCCGACUUCUCAACGCCGCAGCACGGCCCAGAAUGAAUGCAAAAUCAAGUGCAGGUCUAGCGGCGGCAGUUUCCACAGCGGUCAGUAAAAAAGAAGUACCGAGUGAGAAAGAUAUGAGUAGGAAACGUUCAGCGGUGUCGCCCUCCAACGACGGUGCCCCCGCCAAGAAGUCUGUGUCGCGGCGUGAGGAGCUGCUCAAGCAGCUGAAGGCGGUCGAGGACGCCAUCGCCCGCAAGCGCUCCAAGAUAUAGGGACGUGUUAGAUAUAUAACCAGCGCCUACAGAACAUGGCGCAGGUUGCCCCACUGAUAUCUGCUGACUAAGCAAAGUAAAACAUCACUUGUUGAGACAAUUGUAUUUUGAUAAUUGCUUUAAAAAUGUCACCGUCGCUGUCAGCAACCUUUGCUUUGCCAUCAGUGAACACAGCGCGACACUAUUGACUGCACGAAAAAUGUCUGCCAAUGAGUUGUCACCUUUAUAAAGUUUUGAAAUAUAACGUCAUUUUGUGAACGGAUUAGUUUGAUAUGUAAUAUGUCUAAUUUUUAUAAUUUGCCUAGACCAAACACUUGGCAUUCAAGAUUGGCAUGUGACAUAGCUAAUGUAAGAUGCUUCAUGUAGAUGCGCUGUAUAGUUGUUAUUGCGUUAACCUCAGAGCAACGUACAUAUAUUUACGUAUAACGCGUGUGUUAAAUUAAGCUAUUUUUGUAUUAAUAACUUGACUUGUAAAUUCCAUAUGUAAAGUAGGGUUACAUUGAACUUGUACCUCACUGUUAGGAUGACAAAGUUCGUUCAAAAUACAUUUGGAAGGCAGGGAAACAUUGAUAAGAAUUAAUCAAAAAUUUUAUCAAUGCAUUGUACUAUUU